CGGUGUGCGUUUGUUCGCUCUUUCUGUCAGUCCGGCACUCCAACAAAGGAGGGGGUCCAAGUAAGAGGGACAGACCUCUUGGCCCAGAGAGCGACCAGAGCAAUCGAACCCAAACACACACACGGAUAGAAACUUCCGCUAAACCUUUUUCAGCCCUGAAGAUCCUUCAGCCCUAACAGGAUGGAGGACGCCCACACCAAGACCUCCGAGGAAGUCAUAGCCUUCUUCGGGGUCCAAGAUAACGUCGGGCUUACCCCUGACCAGGUCAAGAAGAGCCUGGCCAAGUAUGGCUACAAUGAGCUGCCAGCUGAAGAGGGAAAGUCCCUUUGGGAACUUGUUAUUGAACAGUUUGAAGACCUGUUGGUCAGGAUCUUAUUGUUGGCUGCCUGCAUCAGUUUUGUGCUGGCCUGGUUCGAGGAGGGCGAGGAAACCGUCACUGCCUUUGUUGAACCCUUUGUUAUCCUCCUCAUCCUCAUCGCUAAUGCUGUUGUAGGAGUGUGGCAGGAACGUAAUGCUGAGAGUGCCAUCGAGGCUCUGAAGGAGUACGAACCCGAGAUGGGCAAAGUCUACCGAUCUGACAGAAAGAGCGUGCAGAGGAUCAAGGCCAGGGAGAUCGUGCCAGGAGACCUCGUGGAGGUGUCUGUUGGUGACAAGGUUCCUGCUGACAUCAGGAUUAUUGGUAUCCGUUCUACCACCCUGCGUGUUGACCAGUCUAUCCUUACUGGUGAGUCUGUCAGUGUGAUCAAGCACACUGAGCCUGUCCCUGACCCCAGAGCUGUCAACCAGGACAAGAAAAACAUGCUAUUCUCUGGUACCAACAUUGCUGCCGGCAAGGCGGUUGGCAUUUGCAUUGCCACUGGCGUCUCAACGGAGAUCGGCAAGAUCCGUGACCAGAUGGUGGCGACGGAGCAGGAGAAGACGCCCCUGCAGCAGAAGCUGGACGAGUUCGGCGAGCAGCUCUCCAAGGUCAUCUCGCUCAUCUGCGUCGCCGUGUGGAUGAUCAACAUCGGCCACUUCAACGACCCCGUGCACGGCGGCUCCUGGAUCCGCGGUGCCGUCUACUACUUCAAGAUCGCCGUCGCUUUGGCUGUGGCCGCCAUCCCCGAGGGUCUCCCUGCUGUCAUCACCACCUGCCUGGCUCUCGGUACUCGCCGCAUGGCCAAGAAGAACGCCAUCGUGCGCUCUCUGCCCUCCGUAGAGACACUGGGCUGCACCUCCGUCAUCUGCUCUGACAAGACAGGCACGCUCACCACCAACCAGAUGUGUGUGACCAAGAUGUUCAUCAUUGACAAAGUAGAUGGUGAUAAUGUACACCUGGACUGCUUUGAUAUCUCUGGCUCCAAGUAUACCCCUGAGGGCGAAGUUACGAGGGGUGGUGCUAAAGUUGACUGCAGCCAUUACGACGGCCUGGUUGAGCUGGCCACUAUUUGCGCCCUGUGCAAUGAUUCUUCCCUGGACUACAAUGAGUCUAAGAAAAUCUAUGAGAAGGUGGGCGAGGCCACUGAGACUGCCCUGUGCUGCCUGGUUGAGAAGAUGAACGUGUUCAAGACCAGUGUUAAGAACCUAAGCUGCGUUGAGAGAGCCAACGCCUGCUGCAGUGUGGUGAAGCAGCUCAUGAAGAAGAACUUCACCCUGGAGUUCUCCCGUGACAGGAAGUCCAUGUCUGUGUACUGCACCCCCACCAAGGGUGACAGCGGCAGCAAGAUGUUUGUGAAAGGAGCCCCCGAGGGUGUGAUUGACAGGUGCGCUUAUGUGCGUGUUGGCUCCACUCGUGUGCCCCUGAGUGGUAUCAUUAAGGAGAAGAUCAUGGCCAUCAUUAAGGAGUGGGGCACCGGACGUGACACCCUCCGCUGCCUCGCCUUGGCCACCCGUGACACCCCACUGAAAGUGGAGGAGAUGAACCUUGAUGACUCUACCAAGUUUGCCGACUAUGAGACUGACCUAACCUUUGUUGGCUGUGUGGGUAUGCUGGACCCACCUCGUAAAGAGGUCACUGGCUCAAUUCAGCUCUGCAAGGAAGCUGGCAUCCGUGUGAUCAUGAUCACCGGUGACAACAAGGGCACUGCUGUCGCUAUCUGCCGCCGCAUUGGCAUCUUUGGCGAGGAUGAGGAUGUGACAGGCAGGGCCUUCACUGGCCGCGAAUUCGACGAUCUGUCCCGCGCCGAGCAGAGCGAGGCCGUGACUCGGGCAUGCUGCUACGCUCGCGUGGAGCCGUCCCACAAGUCCAAGAUUGUGGAGUAUUUGCAGGGCUAUGAUGAGAUCACUGCCAUGACUGGCGAUGGUGUGAAUGAUGCCCCCGCCCUGAAGAAGGCGGAGAUUGGCAUCGCCAUGGGCUCUGGCACUGCUGUUGCCAAGUCAGCCUCGGAGAUGGUCCUGGCCGACGACAACUUCUCCUCCAUCGUGGCAGCUGUUGAGGAAGGCAGAGCCAUCUACAACAACAUGAAGCAGUUCAUCCGCUACCUCAUCUCCUCCAACGUGGGCGAGGUGGUGUGUAUCUUCCUGACUGCCGCUCUUGGUCUGCCUGAGGCUCUGAUCCCAGUGCAGCUGCUGUGGGUGAACCUGGUCACAGACGGCCUGCCCGCCACAGCCCUGGGCUUUAACCCCCCUGACCUGGACAUCAUGGGCAAGGCCCCCCGCUCCCCCAAGGAGCCCCUCAUCUCCGGCUGGCUCUUCUUCAGAUACCUGGCCAUUGGUGGAUACGUGGGUGCCGCCACUGUGGGUGCUGCCGCCUACUGGUUCCUGUAUGACGAGGAAGGCCCCGGGGUCACCUACUACCAGCUGUCCCACUUCAUGCAGUGCCACGGCGACAACGAGGACUUCGCUGGCGUUGACUGUGAGGUGUUCGAGGCCGCACCCCCUAUGACCAUGGCCCUGUCUGUGCUGGUCACCAUCGAGAUGUGCAAUGCCCUCAACAGUUUGUCUGAGAACCAGUCUCUGAUUCGUAUGCCCCCGUGGAGUAACGGCUGGCUGCUGGCUGCCAUGACCCUCUCUAUGUCGCUGCACUUCAUGAUCAUCUAUGUGGACCCCUUGCCUAUGGUCUUCAAGCUAACUCACCUGAACGUGGAGCAGUGGCUGAUGGUGCUGAAGCUCUCUUUCCCCGUCAUCCUCCUCGACGAGGUGCUGAAGUUUGUUGCCCGCAACUACUUGGAGGGUAAACAGUGAAAGCUAGUGGCAAUGGAUAAAGACGUGAGAGAAGGAGAGACAAUGAUGAGCAAAAAAGAGAGAGAGAAGAGGCGUGGGAUCACACUGAGUCACAGAGGAGUUCUUAUGAGAUCAUCCAAAGAGGAGGAAAAUCAGAAAAACCACCAAAAAAAUCUAUAAAACUGACUGAAAGAAAACACGUUAAAAAACAUCAUCAUCAUCAUCUCUGUUUAUGGAACGCGAUUAAAUUAAUAUAUAGAUAAAUGGUUCCAAAUUAGUGUUCGAUUGCUAAAUAAUUUUAUUCUUAAAGCUAAUUAUAAAUGUAUUAAAGUUACAUUUUUUGUUAAACUUGUACACUCUCCUGGCUUGUCUUUUCUUUUUUUUCUGCUGUCUUCUCAUUUUAAAGAAGUUCACUCUUAGUUAAAGCAAACUUGUGCAAGCCCUGUUAGCAUUAGCCAAAAUGUUACCCUUUCCCACAAGUUAAGCCACUGUCUCAUCUGUUUCUCUCUUUAGUUGUUUUAUCACUUUUGGACCACUUCUUUUUUUGUUCUCUGACUGUAAUCUUGACUUUAAUGGGCUUGUAGCCUGUUCUCAGCAUCCCCGAGUGACUCUCUUGACUAAGACUUUAUGGAGAGGGAAAAUUCAGACCCAUUUCACUAUGUGUUUGUUUUUGAUGAUUUUAGUCAAUCACACCAUGAAGGUUUUUAGAGCUAUUUUGCAGCAGCAUGAGACUACAAUUCAACUACCAUGCUAGACUUGUAGAGGGGUCUAAGUGUCACUGGUGUCAUGUUCACAGCCUUACCAUCUUGGGAAAAUACUCAUAAAUAUUUGAUUUAUGUUUCAACCCCAACUAAUAGUGGCAAAUAACCUGUAAAGUGUAUCAUCUGCAAUUCACUGGCAGAGGCCAAUCUGACGACUUUGAAUGAGUACUGGUGCAUUUUGCCCGUGUCAAAAGCAAUGUCCACGUCUAACAUUUGUGUGGUGUUGGCCUCAUCUGUGAUUAUGCUGUAAACGUUUGCCUCCAACUCUCCCUGCUUAUGAUGUAGGUACUAUUUAAGAAUUAAAUACUUGCAAAUACUUGUA